CUUGAUUUGUUGGGCCAGCGAGCCUGAAGUUGUACAGUUCCAAGAAUGUAAAUUGUUUUAAUGUGGCUUUUUCAUAGAAGAAUUAUCCUUACUUCUAGACGUUUAAAGAAGUUGACCAUUGUAGGAACAGGAAAGAGAGGUAUGGCCACAGCCACAGGCUUGGCUGCUAAUGAGUGUCCAUCUGUUAGGGUAAUCAUACAGCAGUGUCUAUCAGCCAGACUACAGGUGCAACCACCAACAGAGACUGAAGAUGCAAAAUGGGUGGAGAUUUCCAGGGGAAUUGUAAUCUACCUGUGUUUUCUCAAAGGCUCUAACUUAAAUAUUCUGCCAAAAGUUGUUAAGUCUAUUUUGAAUGUACGACUCAGUGAGACCACAAACCGACCAAGCAAUGUGUCUGUUUUAGAGUUACCUGGUGAUGUCCUUAUUGUUCCACAGGCAACACUUGGCGGAAAGAUGAAAGGAAGAAGUGUUCAGUAUCAUUCAAAUAUAUCGAAAGACGAAGGAAGGAUAUUUUAUGAAAAGUUCAUUACCCUUUGUGAGGAAGCAGUCCACGCCAACGCGAAAACUUCACCGGACUCUUCUCCAAAAACAGUGAAAUGUGGCACAUAUGGAAACAGACAAGUACUGAGUGUGGAAACAAAUGGACCAUUUACUCACGUGUUUGACUUUUAGGCCACUUUUGAAUACACUUUAAAAACGAAGUUAUUUAUGCUGUAGAAACAUUCAAUAGGGAUUUAUACUUUUAACUGUAAUAUAUAGAUUUAGCCAAGCUUAAAAGCGGAGCUCCCAAGUUCGAAAUUAAUAAUUGUUCCACGGGCCCGCGUUGGAUAUGAGAUGAUAGGUAGCCAACGAGGCGCGUAGCGCCGAGUUGGCUAUAAUCAUCGCAUAUCCA